GUAUUUAGUUGCCCGGCAAAUCUGGCUAGUCACAGGCGCUGGCACAAACCAAAGACGUCCUCCCCAUUCUCGGCUUCUCCUUCGUCUUCCUCCUAUUCCUCCGCUAAUUCUACAGGCUCCACCGUCACCUCCCUUUCCUCUUCACCUUUGGCUCUCGGCUAUGGAGACUCAGGAGUCGCCGAGGUGCCCGCCAGAUCCGAAGGCCCCGGGUCCGAGCCUCUUGAGGUCGACGGCAGACUACGAAGUCGUGUCCUCGUCAAUCCACCAUCACGUAGGCUGGGCGAAGGCCUGUUCACAAGAGGAGCUGUGCAGAAGCCAGUGCUUUCCUCAUCUUCAUCCUCAUCUUCAUCGUCCUCAUCCUCAUCCUCAUCCUCAUCCUCAUCCUCAUCUUCCUCCUCCUCUUCCUCCUCCUCCUCCUCCUCCUCUUCCUCCUCUUCCUCCUCCUCCCCAUCCUCUUCUGCCCCUUUCAAUGCCGUCUCGGUAUCCUCUUCGCUGGCAGCCUCCUCCUCCACCUCGACCUCCUCUUUGGGCCCGGUCUGCUCUUCUUUCUACUAUCCACCCUUCAACUUCUCGUUCUCAUCUUGCCUCGCCUCUCGAGCAAACUGUCUCUCCGAUGCCCCCACUUACCCUCUCGCUGUUGCCAGCGGCGUAAUGAGGCAGCCAGAGUUCGAGCCGUCUCCAGGACCUCCACUGUUUGCACCACCCAAGCCCUCUCCGGCUGGGCCGAGACCGUGUGGUUUCAGCGUCUCUGACCUUCUGGAUGGUACCAGCCUCACUGACUCAACGGACGCAGAUGCGCUGCCUGGCGACGAGGAGGAGACGGAGCCGACAACCGGUAGUCUCCGGCACUGGUGCCACCAGUGCGGCAAUCGCCUCUCCGGUCAAACAGAGCUGGAGUGGCACAUGCUCAAUCACCUGCUCAACAGCCCAGGAGACUAG